AUGGCGGGAAACCCGGCUGGAGGAACGAGAUACUCUCCUACUGCCUCAUUUACGAAACCUACGAAAACUACGAUGACAUCUCCAACCACUACUAUCUCCUCAUCACCAAUCCUCACACAAGUCACACAAAUGCAAACCAUGCGUUUCGCCUCCUCCUCAUCCAGCAACAAACCUUCUCGCUCCUCACCUCCACCACCUUCCAAAUUAACCUCCAAACAGACACCUCUCAAAUCUAUCCCCCUCAAAUCCCUAAACCAAUCCAUAACCUCGCGUCUAACUACUCCUGCCGGAGCACGUCCUUUGAUUCGAAAGGGAGACAAACCUCUACCGGGAAAUUAUCAGAGUGUGGCUAGGAGGGUUACGAUGACGAUUGUUGCGUUGCCGAUUUUGUUGGUUACGAGUUGGGUGCUUUGGGAUAGGUUGGUGCUAGGACAAGAAAAGAAAUCACUCAUUCGUGAACCGCCUAUUGUUCCGGGACCACCAAUGGCUGCGGAGAUGGAGGCUCGGAAUAAUAGGGGAUGA